AGGCUUACCAUUUGCCAGGAGCAACGCUUCCAACAUCAUGAACCAAAUUUUAAAGUUUGCAAAGCAGAUGGUUAGAAAACUACCAUUGAAAUGGUUGCGUGUUCAACAGGAAAUUCAGAAGUUGAAGGUGAAAAUCUAUUUACCAACCAAUGAGGUGAUUGCUUUGGUUGAGCGGUGUGGGGUGAAACAAGCUACUCAAAGAGUGCUACUUGAGUAUUUACAUGACCUUGGCGAGAUUCUCUACUUUCCUGAUGACGACGCUCUAAAGGACAUCAUUGUUUUAGAUCUGAUGAAAAUAGUCGACAUGUUUAAAACAAUAAUAACCGUUAUUGAGCCUAAACUUAGGAAACCAAAGCACAGAGAGGCCUGGAGGAGGUUGGACUCAGGGAUCUUAGAGGAGCAUCUUUUGAGACACCUCUGGAAGGAGUUCAGUUUUUCAGAUAAGAUGUUUGACUUCUUCGUAUCUCUCAUGCAGAAGUUUGGACUGGUGUGCGAAAGAAAGUUUUUUCAGGGUGGUGAACGUAUUUUCUACGUUCUGUCACGCUUGAAGCCUAAAUGUGUAAAGACAUCGCCCCCGGAUUAUGGGAACCGGGCAGUUUCAAUCUUUCAUGACUUUCGUGGCUAUCUACCUGACGAUCUUUUCCAGCGUGGAGUAACUAAGUUUAUUGAGAAAUUCCAAGUAGAACACAAUGAAGAACCUAAGCUAUCUUAUGAGCAUGUGGAGUUGCACAUUGAUCCACAUCACCAAGUGGUUCUGAAUGUAGCUACUGUCAAGCAUCGUCGUAUGUUUAAGACAACUAUCAUCAGACUAAAAAUAAUGAAUCCCACUCAGCUUACCAAGGAAGAUGAGCCCUCACCGACAGUGUGUAAAGAGGUGUUGAGUUUCCUGGAAACUGAACUAAAGAUAUUCUGUCAGAGUGGUGCACGAGGCAUUGAAUUGACGAGGUACAUUGCUUGCGAAUGUAGCGACGCCCACAUGCAUAUCGUGCGCAAGUUUAAUAAGGAUGUGCUGCCAUGUGAGAGUAAUGGAUUGGAAGUGACACGCUACCGCCGACUAUUUGGAGAUGACGUUCCACGAUUGCAAGAUCAUUCACAGUAUCAAGAAAUUGUACAUAUACACAAUGGUUUUGUGGAUGACCUCACCGUUACAAAAGUAUCUGAGAAAAUGGAUCUCAGCUGGAGAAGGUUUGGAGUCCGUUUGGGACUUGAGUGGUCGAAAGUGAACAAGUUCAAUGCUGAUGAUACGCAGACUUAUAAGGCUACCGAAAAUAUGAUGAAUUACUGGAGGAGCAGCCUCAGCAGUGAUAUUCAUCAAUGUAAAGUGUUGUGCACUGCUCUGAAACAACAUAAGUUCAGGAAACUAGCUGAAGAAUUAUUUGAGAGUGAAAUUGGCAAUGAAAUUCUUGACACUCAGGAAGCAGGAAAAUGUUUUAAUGAUCAAGAUUUGCUGUUCAUCUGUGACAAACUGGAUCCCGAAUCAUGGAGGAGACUGGGAGUGCGUCUUGGACUUAAGUGGACCGAUAUAAAAAAGAUAGCAAAAAACAACAGACUGGUUGAAGACCGCAUCAUGGAAUUGCUGGUUACUUGGAGGGUUGACCAAUCUAAGAGCCAACAAGUACCAAUCAUGGUGAACGCUUUGAGACAACAGAAGCUUGUUGAACUUGCACAAAGUGUACGUGAAAGGCAUGGCUACAGUGACGAGUCAGAAGUUGCACCAACUCAUAUAAAUCUGCCGCAAAUUCCAACGCAAGGGCAAGAACUGUCUCCGUUGGAUUUCAAUCAACUGCUCAAAGACGUGUCCUCAUGGUGGGAACGACAUGGAAACUUGAAUAUGUUGAAAGUGAUACUUAGCGAAUUUAAGGUAAUUCCUGUAGCAAAGAUGGAGGAGCAAAGCAAGCCAAAUUCUCUCUUCAAUCUACUUAAAGGUAGCGGACAUAUCAGCAAAUCAAAUGUUGAUGUCAUUUUUGAAGCCGUUGUUUUGGGUGGCCUUAGUGGCGUAGAACAAGAGAUCAGAAAAUCGAUACCGACAUUUGCUGGAUUAAAUAAAAUUAAAAUCACCAGCUUUUCAGUGCAUCGACGAAAUUUGCUGGAAUUUGGCAAAGUUAUAGACAAAAAAAACAUAGCAGACAUAGAGAACUUGUAUCGCCCCGACGAACCCAAAUCAAAGGAUCAGUGGUGUUUAAUAUUUGAACUGGAAAAGAGUGGUAUACUUACUGACGACCCAAAAACUAAGGAAGCAUUCGUUAAGAAACUUAUAGACAAUGGUAUGAAAGCUAAAGCCAAAGCAUUGGAUACCUUUAAAGUGAACUAA